GUCACAGCUACCACUGACUUCCGGGUUUCUGCCUGACCUCUCUGCACAUUGGGUAUGAGCAUGUUUUACAUUGUCUGUAAUUGCUAUAGAACACCAUUCAGCAUUUAUUGAAUUAAGUGAAUACAUUAUAGGGUGUGCUACUAAUUAAUUCUUGGCAUUUUAAUUAAUGCUUUGUGUUAAUGAAUUAAUAUGGUCUGUCCCUGUGUUAUCAUAAUUCCCCAAUAAAUCAGAUUGGAGAAUGGGGAGCAGCAUUGGGGGAACAUGGGGUGAAUGUAAGAAUACAGGCUUACUGGCUGCUUCAGGCUCACACACUGUGAGAGUCAGAGUGAAAGUGUAUAAAUCUGAUCACACUCAGGCAGGGUGCAUUAAAACAAUUGGUUAGCAAGAAGCUGUCAAUCUUAUGUUCCUUCAUUUUCAGCAUGGCAGAGCUGCCUGAGAAUGAUGGGAGUUGCAGUCCAGGUAAUCCCCAUGUUAGGAGACUAUCCAAAGAAGUGACACACUGCUGUACCCCCACUCUGUGGACUCAGUUUGGGGAACACCUCUGUAAUGUGGCCAUGCUCUGAUGGAGCAAUUCCAAUCUAAUGAUUAGUGUUCUAUUAAACUUGCCUCCUUCCUUCCUUGAACCUUAAAGGGACAGUAAACAUUUCAUCCUGUGGAUCAUUGAACCAAUCAUGAUUUGGUUCACUGCGCAGACACACAAUGCAUUACCUGUGGGAGCACAGCAUAGGAGCCAGUUAGAGAGAGGGGUGCUGACAUAUCCAAACAGUGUAAGAGUAUUAGGUGGUCUCUGCAUUAAGGAAUUUAUUUACUUUAGCAAUUCGCACAAUUUAGUUUUCAAAUGGAUCUCAUGGCAACAAUGAGACUAGUUUUAAAAUGGAACCUGCUAACUAUCCGGGAAGGAGGGAGGUUGGAGGUAGUUAUAGUAGUUUCAGCACGUUAUGAAUGACAUUCUUUAUUACGGAAAUUACUGAAUUGAAAGAAUUUAGUGGAUUUGGUUGCUGUACGGCAAUCUGAUUGUACAUGAACAGCUGAGUUAGCAAAUGUAUGUAGAGGUUCAGCUAAUUAUAACAGCUAACUGAAAGCCACCCAAUCUGGCUUUUGUGCAAGGCAGAAUGGGUUUCAUAUAGCUUGGACAACUAACUUCCAUGUAGACGUCAUAGUGACUUAACGCUUAACUCUUUGGGCGACAUGCAAUUCAUUGCUGAACCUUUAGGGAAUCAAGGGGUUAAAGGACAAGUUCUGGGCUGCAGUAAUAUAAUAGAAUAUAUUUAUUAUCAUUUAGUAUAACAUUAAUUUACUUCUGUAAAUGAACUAAUUCCUUCUUUAUUUUCUUUCACGUUUAAGAAAUGCUGCCUCGUCUUGCCUGGAGGGGAUUCCCUCUGACUUUGCAGGUAUUUUUUUAUUAUAAAAUAUAAUGUGCUUAUAGUAGUAAAAAUGUUGGCAGAAUCUUGAAAGUUAUAUUAUUUUGGUACAUUUUCAGAGGGACCAUAAAAAAACUGGAGGGAGACAAUGGCUGUGAGAAAUGUUAUAUGUCCUAAAAUAGAUGGUGCAAUGUGGAAUGGAAAAUAGAAUUAACUAUGAAAACGUUGGUUGUGAUGAAUUGUAGUAUAAGGAAGUGGGGUGGCUUAAACUGUGUGUUGGCUGCCUUCGUCAGUCCCUGCCAACCUUUUGGUAUUUAUGGUCCGAUUCCUGAGACUUUAAAGGCUCCUGAAAUAUAUAUCUGGAAAAAUACACUAGUAACACCAUUAUUCGUAGAAUCUGUAUCUUUUAACAAAUCAGGCUUUGUGAUUAAAACAAACAAGAUUAACCACUGAAGUUUGAAAUAUUUUAUUUCCUUUCAGUUUUAUCAGAAGACACCACCAGUUUAUCAGAUGUGUAAACAACACCUAUUGUCAACACCAGCCCAGACGGUUUACAUCAGCAGCAGGACCUUGUUGUCACCCUGCAAUCCAGCCCUGCAUGCUGCUACCUGCUUCCUAAACUCCAGAUGUGGAUCCUGCAGGUUUAGCUCCCACAUGAAAAAGAGGAAAGUCCAGGAGGAAGAUGAUCGAAAGAAUUUAGGUUUACUGAGAUACGACCUGUUGUCUCUUAAAAAUGUGCCCAAGCCUGCUCUUUACCUUGGGUUGGGAGGUUUGAUCCCCUUUGUUGCUCCCCCUGUUGUAAUGAUUGCAUCAUCAUGCUACUACCCAGAGUUGGGCUACGCGCAGAUAGCAUACGGUGCCACCAUACUUUCCUUCCUUGGUGGUGUUCGCUGGGGUUUUGCCAUUCCGGAAGGCAGCCCUGCCAAGCCCGACUGGAUGAAUCUGGCUAACAGCACGGUUCCAGCAAUCUUUGCGUGGAUAGCUCUUCUCUUCAAGGAUACCCCAACAGAGUCUGCAUUACUUGUUAUCAUGGGAUUAGGGAUUGCAUUACACUAUGACCUUGCCCUGCUCCCUACUUACCCUUCGUGGUUCAAAGGAUUGAGAGCUGUGCUAACGUUCGUAGCAAUCUUAUCGCUAAUAGCUACUUUAACGAUUUCAGGGCUCUAUCCACACAAAACAUUGGUUAAAGGACCACCUGACUUCUGAUACCUUCUUCCACAAUGCAGCAGGUUUAUGAGGUGCCAAAAAACUAACUGCUUGAACAAGUAGAUUAUAGUUUGACACAAUGAAUCCUCCAGGCCAGGUUUAAUCACGCAUAUCAAAGCUCACAACAGUCAACAAAUAGAUUGUAUUAUGUAUAUUUUAUAUACUCAUUCAUACAGAAACGUACAUUUCUAUGCCAAAAUGGAAGAACACGUUAAAAAUGGUCAAAUACUUCCGUUGUAUUCUGAAUAAAAUACAUUGGAUCAAUAAUGUAUUCACCCAUAUUAUCAGCAUCGGUUGUCAAAAUGACAAAAACGUGAUUCAAAAUCAUUGUCAAAAUAAAUAAAAAUACCUUUCAGCUUUCUUAAUGUUCUAAUGAUCUUACAGCCCUUGCACAGCAGACACAACAAAUGGCCCUGAGAGAGCGGAGAGCGAGUGAAGACUACGGUUUGCUCAGUAAGCUUUGCAGUGAUGCUUAGGAUCAUCCUUUAGCGAUAAAUAUAUCAUUUUGAAAGUUUAAACGCGAUACACGCAAAUCUAUUUUUGCCUGAUAUAAACAGGUUUUCUCACUGAGUCUGCAUGAACAGGGGUUAUUAUUCUCAUCAAAGAUCAGACCAACAAUCAUCACCAGCAUUUCCUCUCAAACCUGAACUCACUCUGUAAUAAACGAAACGUUCUUUGAACUCUUGUGAUUCUGUGUUCCCACAUUUUGUUUGUAAGCUUUUCUUCACUUUCCAAUAAAAAAAAA